CAGCUAACUCUCUGCAGCACGGUCAGAGCAUUCCAGAAGAAGAAGCCAAGCCAAGAGCUGUGAGGAAGAUGAGGGUUUGCGUGCUGCAAUGUUGUCUGGCCCUACUGGGUUUGUCUCUGGUUUUGUGUGGCAGCGGUGCCUCCUCUCAGCCGGACCUGGACCUGGACCUCGACCCCCGGUACCGCAGACUUCUGCAAAGAGCACGGGCCCUUGGCAUGGCUGCACAGGACUGGAGGAAGAGAGAGAUGGAAGACCUGCUGUCCCAGCUCACACUGCCAGAAUCCGAGCUCAAAGAGAGCGAGAUUACUAGUCUGGGGGCAAAACAUGAUGUUCGAGUGGAACUGGAGCGGUCAGCGGAGAACCCCAACAACCUGCCCCCUCGAGAACGCAAAGCAGGCUGCAAGAACUUCUACUGGAAAGGGUUCACUUCCUGCUGAGGCCCUGCCCAUCUGCUCACGUGACAUCCAGCUGCCAGUUGGGGCCCCCAGCUCAGUACCCUGUGCCACGAAAGGGCCUCCGAGGUCAAAUCAAGAGCUGAUCAAUUCUGCCAAUCAGUUGACUGAAUGAAAUUGUAACUUUGUAAUUUAUGAAAUAAAGUGUAAUACUUUAUUUAAUUUUAAGUCAC